CAAUCGCUGUGGAUGACUACGCUUUGCAGUCCUUGGGGUCAAGGUCAGCGGGACGAGUAUCCUUCGAAAGCGUUGGUGAACUUUCUCUACUCCCCCAACUUCAACACAAAAGACAUGGACGACAUAUUGGUGGAAGAAUGCAACAACAGGAACACCGUCUACGUGCUAAACUCCAGCUAUCGCUAUGGGAAUCUGGACAUGAUAGAGCUGUUCGGUUCUCCGGCCGGGCGCGCAUUAACGGUGAAUAAUAAAACUGCCGCCGAGAUGAGCUGCGGUGGGAGGGCGGCAGCAUGCGGCCGGAAGGCGCCACCGGGUGACGAUGCCAACCAGUUGCAGCAGCAGCAGCAGCAGGCGAACUCGCUCGGUGGGCUGCUGGCGGCCGGUAGCAUAAGCCCGACCAACAUCGGCAACAUCAGGAUCAGCAGCAUCGACGGCACCAUCGCCGGUCGCCAUCUCAUCGAGUCGGGGGGCGAUUUCAUUAGGUUUGGCUCGGAAAAGCGACCACCCUCCGCUGCCUCUGCCCCCUUCCGGAGCCGCGCAAGUAGCGGCAAAAGCACCACCACGCACCAGACAGACCAGCCGCAUCGGCGGAAUAAUCUGAAAAUGGCCAAAUUCUGGAAGCUGUUCGAUGAGGACCGGUUACGGAAGGAUGGCGGGGUCGUCGAGCCGGCGGACGUGGAUGGGCCGACCCGUCGAAGCCGAUGGGGAGUUGGGUCGACACUCGAUCGGGCGGAAGCGGCCGACAAAUCCUCCAACGAUCUGUACAGCGAAGCGGCCCAGCUGCUCGGCAUCAAGUGUUCGCUGACCGACAGCUGUCGGUGUAUAGAUUGUCAGAGCCAAUACUUUGAUUGCGACGACGACUUCGACGCGUACUCCGAGUACUCCGAUAAAUCGUACGAUGUCGAUGACAACCUGUACCCGCCCCGAUCGUACUACGCCGAGUCCUCGCCGGUCGGUGCCAGGGUGUCCGAUUCAGCAAUCACGGACCAUUGCGAGGCCCAGCGACGACCCUGGGACGACCUGGACGGCCAGCAAGAUUUCAACGGUAAUGAAUGCCAACAUUAUUUGCAUAGCAUUCAGCGUCGUUCGUCUUCAUUGAAUGUGUCAUCGGAGCAGGAAGCGACGUCGGCUCCAGCAGCCACCGCGAAGGGAGUGAACGAGGAAGCCGGUGAGGAGGACACUCCAGCGACACUGUCGGCUACCGUACGGGAGGAAGAGAGCAUUGUGCUCGUCACCGUCGAUGGGCUCAACUGCGCCAACGGACCUGGCAGCCAAUGCUCCUGUUCGUGCUGCUAG